AUCGACGCCAAUCACUUCAAUCACGUGAUGAAAUACAUAGAGGUUGGCGUGAAAGAGGGCGCACACCUGUUGGCGGGCGGCAAACGGUCCCGCACUAAGGGCUUCUACAUCGAGCCCACAGUGUUCGCCGACGUGUCCGACACCAUGACUAUCGCCAAAGACGAGAUCUACGGACCAGUUAUGGUGAUCAUGAAGUUCCGUACGUUGGAUGAGGUGAUUCAUCGCUGCAAUGAUACACACUAUGGUCUGGCGUCGGGUAUAUUCACCCACGAUAUCAAUAAAGCCAUGCAUUUCUCGCACCGCAUGCGAAAGGGCAACGUCUGGGUCAACACAUACACCGCUAUAACACCGCAGACCCCAUACGGCGGUUGGAAACACUCGGGCGUCGGCUGCGAAGGCGGUCAGGACGGCCUCUAUGAGUAUCUCGAAGUGAAAACAAUUGCGAUCCGAAACGAACACAAAAUGUCCUAAACUCGUGGCCUAUACUCCCGGUUGACUGAUUAAGACAAAUGCAACUGAAAUAUAUGUUAAUCCCUACCUAUUAAUCUUUUACUAUUAGUUUUAGUUUAUAUAUUACUAUUAUAACCACAAAUUCGGGCGCAAUUAUGAAACAACUUUUAUAUUUUAUAAUAACUCUUAUGACUUUCCCACCGACGAC